CGCCAAUAUUGGUAAUAUAAUAUUUGACAAAUAUUACAUUAAUAUUUAUCAGAUUGCUAUAGCUUGUUGUUUUCUAAAUAUUGUAUAAAUGAUUUAUUAAUCAUUUGGAAAUAUUCAAAUUUAGUAUCCGAUGAGUUACGAAAUUUGACGAAAAAGAACGCGGGAAAUCAUCAUUUCCUUCUUUAUCUCUGCAUCAUUGAGCGUCCAUUUUGCAUAUUGGUGAAUUUUAAGACUUAGACCAUUUAACGUGAAUUACAGAACAUAGGUGAAUAAUAAAAGGUGCAAAACGAUUUUAAGUCUAUAAAACUAUAUAUAGUGGCAAAGUGGUAUAUCUUCACAAAAAGAAUCAUAAAAUAAAAAUGCCUAAGGAAGUUUCAAGUAGACACAGAAACCGUCUUCUGCAAAAGAUGGUGAACACAACCAUAUCAGAAAUAAAUAAAGAAGCAAUGCUUCGUGUAAAUACUGCGACUACCUCGUCGCUAUCCUCUGAGAUAUUUUCGAGAAACACCGUUUCAAAUGAAGAUCGUUCUGAGAGUGAUUCCUUAUCUUCUAAUAAUGAACAACCAGAUUUGUUAGACAUACCGAAUAAUUGGAUUAGUUCAGAUGACGAUUAUGAUAUGCAUGAUGGAGAAGACAAUGGUUCAACUAAUAUUUUAGAUGACGUUAUGCAGGAAACCGAGGAGACCGCUGGUUUGACACUUACUGAAAAAUUAUGUACUUGGGCUACAGAAGAAAAUAUUUGCCAGACUAAAUUAAAAAAAUUAUUGGAUAUUCUUAAAGCAGAGACGGACUUAGAAGCCUUUAAGGAUCUUCCCAAAGAUCCUCGAACAUUGCUACAAACGCCAAGGAAAAGUUUGGUGAAAACACUGGAUAAUGGAAAUUUUCAUUAUUUUGGCAUAACAAAUUCCUUGAAUAAUUUUCUUCGACAAUGUAAUUAUGUCGUUUCGAAGAAAGACAAAAUUGAAUUAAUAGUAAACAUUGACGGUUUGCCUUUAAAUUUAAGUUCAACAAGUUCAUUGUGGCCGAUUUUGAUAAGAGUGGAUUCACUUGAAAAACUGAAAAAUUAUGUUGUUAUGGUGGGUGCUUUCCAUGGAUAUGCUAAACCCUCAUCCUCAAAUAAUUAUUUAAAAGAAUUUAUCAAUGAGUGUUCUGAAUUAACAACUAAUGGCAUUUUAAUACAAAAUAACAACCUCGAAUUCCGUGUCAAAAUGUUCGUAUGUGAUGUACCGGCAAAAUCUUUUAUUUUGAAUGUAAAAGGACACACAUCUGAAAAUGGUUGCACAAAAUGCCAUGAAGCAAGUAAAAGAGUUAAUUACGUAAUGUGUUAUGAAAAUAUUGAAAACCUUCAGCUACGAACAGAUGCCGAGUUUAGAUUAAAUCUUGACCAAAAUCAUCACGUCGGAAGUACCUUGCUGAUGGAGUUACCAAAAUUUGAUCUGAUAAAAGACAUCCCCUUAGACUACAUGCAUUUGGUAUGUUUGGGUGUAGUAAAAAGGUUAAUUUGCAACAAAACUUUUGGCUGGGUCUCGGGAAAACGCCCUUUUAAAUUAUCAGCAACACAGAUACAACAAAUCUCCCAGCAUAUAACUCUAAUUCGGCAAUUUAUUCCAGUUGAAUUUUCUCAUAGAAAAUGUCGAGGACUUGAUAAUUGUGCUCGCUUUAAUGCCGCUGAAUUCCGACUUUUGUUGCUCUAUACAGGCCCUGUAGUUUUUAAAAACUUUCUUAAAGCUGAUUUUUACUACAAUUUCCUCUGUCUUCAUGUUGCUAUAAGGAUUCUUUGCAAUGUCGACCUUUCAAAUGACCCAAAAUUCGUAGAAUAUGCACGAGAACUGAUUAAGUCUUUCGUGAAAAAUUCCGGAAAAAUUUACGGUCCUGAUUUCGUCUCCUUUAAUGUACAUGGUCUCUUACAUUUGGUUAACGAUGUUGAAAGAUUUGGUACACUCGAUAAUUUCUCAGCAUUUCCCUUCGAAAACCACAUGCAGAGCAUUAAAAAAAUGAUAAGAAAAAGUGAAAAGCCUCUUCAGCAAAUUAUUAAUCGUGUAUCAGAGAGUGUUUCUACAAGAAUAUAUCUUUCUAAUGAAGAAAAGAUUUCUUUUUUGCAUCAACACACAGGCGGUCCCUUGUUGGACAGGUGCUGCUCACCUCAGUAUAAAUGCCUUAAAAUUAAAUCUUUAACGUUCAAAGUGAAUGAAGCUGACUGUUUUGCAAUUUUAGAAAACAAUAGUAUUAUUAAAAUCAUAAAUUUUGCUACAUUGGAUAAUGAAGUUUGCGCUCUAGGACAAGCAUUUAGAAGGACGUCGCCGUUCUUUAACAAACCAUGUUCGUCAGAAGAGCUACAAAUAUUUUUAAUUAAUAAUGACUUGAGCCCAUUAAAAGUAUAUUGUUUAUCAAAAAUCAAAAAUAAAAUGAUUGUCUUACCAUACGUCGAUGAGCAAUUCACUGGUUACACAACAAUGUGGAGUGUCGUGUAUUUUGUCGAUGAUGAAACAUUUGAGGUGGUUCCCAACUUUUGGGUUGCCAAGGAGGAUGAUCGCUGUUCCUUUCCACAUUAUCAGGCAUACAAAUUGUAUGAGACGAUAAGAAAACGCAAAAGCCCGGAAACUAACUGGAAUAUUUAUAAAAUCCAGCAUCUUGCUACUUACAGUGAUUUUAAUGUUGCUCAAGAUCAAUGCGACAAUGCAAGAAAUGGUAAAGAGUUAAUGGCCGAAGAAAUUGAGAAGGUUGAGGAAAAACCUAAGGGCAAAGGUUAUCGGAAGCGGCUGUGUAAUAAAAAUUUAACAGAUUUUACUGUGCUAAAUAGUACAGAAGACGAAGAAGAAGAUUUUAGUUUAAAAUUACCUUCUUUAAACAGAAAGGUUAAUAAAGACGAUGCAAAAACCAUUGGUUCCAGUGCGGAAACCAUUCUCUCGAAAAUCGAUUUUGGCCUAGGCUCGCAAACCAUGGCUCCUGCCAGUACAAAAAUCAUUGCUGUGAGGGAACACCACAAUAAACAGGAAGAAUGUCCUAUUGAAAUUACUGGGAUAGAGAAUUUAAAUUCCUUACAAUACGAGCAGGAUACCCUAGAGUUAAUAAAAAAAAAAAUUGAUGAAAUGGAUGCCAAAAAUGAAGAAUUUCAAAGAAGAGUAUUUAGAAUUCUGUUUACUAUUGAAAAAAAAUUAAAUGAUCUGGAGAAAACUGCAAUCGCGAAUCCUCAAAGAGCCGAUGUAUCAGCCAAUGAUGAACCAGAUGAUUUUAGAGAAAUUUGUGAACUGUUUCCAAUUGACUCUCCUGAAAAGUUGCAGGUCAUUGAAGAGUCUCUUGAGGAUGCAAAUUUGCGAACGAAAUUGGCCAAAAGAUUCUCCAUGGUUGGUGGUGAGGCACCGAAAGAAGUAACCAGAUCAGUUCUGUACCUAAUGGUUACCAACAAAUUGGCCGCACAGUACAGUUUUGAUGGAGGAAGAGGAAAACUAAAAUUUAAAAAUUUAAAACUGUUCCAGUUACUGUUAGAUUCUGUAAGAGCAAAUACCAAAACGAAGGAGGCAACAACUGCUGAUAUAUUAAAGGAGCUAAGGCAAUGGUUAGCUCAAGCUCCGUUCAGGAAAAAUGAAAAAUAAUUUUAUAGAAAAUUAGAAUGAAUCGGAAGCAUUGUUCCAAAAAAUUGUUUUUUUUUGUUAAACAUGUAAUUUAUUUUUGUUACCUA